AUGGUGAGGCACCUGGACGCCAAAGUCGAUGGGCUUUCAAGCAGGCUCAAAGAGGUUGAGUCCAGAAGCCAAGAGGUGGCCGCGAAGGUGAGCGUGCCUGCUCCACCCGCUACCUGGGAGGCCUCGCGCGAGGAGCCGUCCGCGGAGGCCAUAAUGAGGCACGUUGAUGCCAAAGUCGACGGGCUUGCAAACAGGCUCAAAGAGGUCGCGUCCAGCAGCCGAAAAACAACGAAAGUCAUGACCGAAGCAGCGCAGGAGGUGCCGUCGACUGCAGAGGCCAUGGUGAGGCACCUGGACGCCAAAGUCGAUGGGCUUUCAAGCAGGCUCAAAGAGGUUGAGUCCAGAAGCCAAGAGGUGGCCGCGAAGGUGAGCGUGCCUGCGCCUUCACCCACAGCUUGGGAGGUGCCACUGCGGGGAUCCAUGGCCCCACCUGCCUUAGCAACGACCACGUUGCCCAUGGCACCCUCGGCACCCACGGUGCCAAUCUACCGAGCACCUGAAGCGCCCUCUGCGAGUGCACCAGUUGCGCCAGCUGUGCCGGCGGCCGUCACACCAGCUCCACAGGUGAUCAUCAAAAACAAUGUCGAGAUGGACCCGCAGGUCAAGGCCUCGGAGCAGCGGCACGAGAGCGAGGCGGCGCUGCACGGCAUCAGCGACAAGGUGGAUCACCUCGAAGAGAAGUUGAGCAACCUGGAGCCCCAGAAGGCAGCCCAGACACUGAGCCAGCCGACAGCUGCGGCGGCUGCACCGGCGACGGAGGCAGCGAUGCGGCACCUGAAUGCCAAAGUCGACGGGCUUGCGGACCGACUCAAAGAGAUGGAGAGCCGGGGCCUUGCGACGUCAGAGGCGCAAGAGAAGGUGCCGGUCGCCCUGCCUUCAGCGGGCCAGGUGCAGCUCGUCAACGCGAAGGCCGACAUGGAGCAGGCGAUCCAAACAGCAGCAAUUGGUGGCCAUGCCCAGAUCGAGGGCAAAGUCGAUGCGGCCGAUCACGCCAGGGAAGAAGUGAUUCAUGGGCUGAACAUCUCCCUGGAGAGCGCAAUGACGGAGGCACGGGCCAGCCUGCAGAGCGCGGAGUCAAGGGUGGCCGAGACUGCCAGAGAGGCUGUCGACGGCACCCUCGCAAGUGUCCUGAAGACGUCUAUGGAAAAUGUCAUAGGCAUUGGAGUGGCUGCUGACUCGCUGAAGUCGGAGGCAGAGGCUUUGCAAAGCAAUGCCACAACCCUUCUGGAUCAGGUGGAGGACAACGCAGCACUGGGCAAGGAGGCGGUCGCUCCACUACCGACCAACUCGGCUUUGGUUGAGCAGAGGAUGGCCCAGAUCCAGGCCGAGCUCAAGGACAUGAGCGAGGAGGCGACAGGGGCAGAGGCUUUGGCGGAUGCCUCCCUCGAAGCAGUGGAGGCGGCCUUGCAGGUGGUCAACCGCUCCGUCGCCAAGGCUCAGGAGGCCCGAUCGCUGCGAGGGCGUGCCGCAGAGCAGGUGGCUUUGAACGAGGCCAAGAUCCGAGAGAUCCGCCAAGCUUUGACGGGAACGGCCGGGCACUUUUGCAAGGCCACAGUGAUCAACCAGGAUGUCUGCAAGGUGGGGAAGCAAAAUGCCUGGAGCAACAAUGAACCAAACGCAGAUUCGGCCCUUGGGAAAGCAAAGCCGCCCGGUAGGCGGACGGCCGUGAAGAUGGUCCCCGUGUGCCAUAUUCCUCACCUACAAGUUUGCUGUCCUACGUGUCCUCCUGCUGAUCGCUGUCGCCGGGGACAUCGUAAAGUGUGCAGCACGGGGGCAACCGCAGCGGGCCUGGGGCGUGCGGGGGAGCCUGCGACCAGCUACCUGAAAGUGAUAGCGGCCCUACGUGGGGGCUACCAGUACGGCUUGCACCAGUUCGGCGUCUAUCUCGCCAGGGACAUUGACAAUGUCGAGUCUGAGCCUUGGCAGGGACACCAAGUGACGGGCGCUAUUGGAGGGGGCGGUGGGGGCUCGCCGCCCAAACGGAAGGCAGCUGGAGAAGGGGCAGGGGCAGCCGACGACAUCGGGGAUGAAGUUCACGUGGUGGAGGGGGACAAGGGGGCCGUGACGCUCGAGAGUAUCAAGAUGGCGUUCAAAACUGAACUCAGCUGCAACAACGAGCGGAUCAAAAAGGAGAUCCAACAAGCAGUUGGUGGGGUCCAGGCAGAGGUGGCCUCCCGCAUCGGGACUGUCGAGACGGAGGUGACCAAACAGCUGCAGACGACGCUGGCGAUGCUAUCGGCGCUGACGGACAAACAGGCGAAGCACAUGGAAGACCUGCAGGGAGUGCGAGAAGAGCAGGCCGCUAUGGAGACACGCCUCUCGGCGGAGACGCGAGCCCUGGGGGAGCGCGUGGAGGCCAUGGAAUGGAAGAUGAAAUGGGGCGGAGGGGGCUCUACCAACAGCACGACGACGGCGGAGGUGGAUACGAUUGGGGCCCCCAAGCAACCUGCGCUCAUUUUGGGCGGAUGGGAGGGGGACACUCCAGCGGCGGAGGUGCUGCAAAAGGCGAAGGAUGUGGUGAGGCAACUGCAGUUGGACGUGGAUGUGGACCACAUGUUCGGGGCCCAUCACGAUGAGACCGGCGAGGGAUAUCGCCAGCGCAUCCAGAAUGCCAUCACCAAGGUGCGCCAGGCCAAACCACCAGAGAGGAGACGUCGAGCCCGCUUGGCAGCAAAAGUGAAGAGGUGCAUUCUGGAGCUUGGGGGGCACAAGCCUCAGAUCGAGGCAGAAUUCGCCACGGGUACUGUCUGGUACCGGGGGGUCAGGAUCUCCUCAGCGGCCACGCAGGCGCCACGGGGGGCGGACUUCGCAGGACCUGGAUGGGUCGACACCAAGGCCAUGGCAGAGGGGCUGGACCAAGAGCACCAGGCGAUCCAGGAGCACUGGAGGGGCUAA